AUCGGCCAGAGAAAAUGAGCAAUUUGGGAUCUCGAUCUUCUACCGACAAAGAGCUUAUCAGCUUCUCAAGAUCUUUGUUGAGCUAUUGGCUCGAACUAGUUGACUAAGAUUUAGAAGUCGAUUUUUUGUGUAUAUUGUGUAAGAUAAGCAAAUGUCUUCUUCUACGAAAGGAUCUGUUAAGAAGAGUUCGAUUAAACAUAGUUGCAACUUAGCUGAGGUUAAGAGGAAGCUUUCAAAGAUCAGUGAUCAUCAUUCACAUGUAGAGUAUGCUUAUGCCUUCCAGAGGGACAAUAGAGAAAGAGUAGAUACUAGGUUGAGUCAAAUCCUCAGUAGGGAUGCGUUGAUAUCAGCCGUUGAUUUGUUGUGGGAUCGCUCGGGUUUUGUUUCACUGAAAGAAGGGAAUUUUGAUUAUGUAGAUAGGGAUGAAGUUAGUUCAGAAAAGGCUAAGUCUCAAUUGUCAUCGACUCCACAGUCUAGGGUUAGAUUAUUGGGAGUGGCUGAAAAGAUGUAUAGUUUCGAUCCGUAUAACCGAAAAAGUUUGUUGAAUCAGACUGAUGGAUCUAAGUCUAUAUGUGGUUCUUGCAAAGGGAUUGGUUUUCCGUUCGAGGCUAGAUGGAAGACGUUGUAUAGCUGGAUGGAAGGAGUGCUUCCAAGUUCUACUAGAUAUCAUGAAGAAGGGGCUGAGAUUGAGAAGAGAGAAAAUUUUGAAGGCUGUAUUCUUAAUCCAGUGAGCAGUAAAGAAGAACUCGCAUCAAGAAAUGGCGAUGGUUGUGAUUGUGUCUUUGAUGCCAUUGGUGCCAAGGACCAAUCAACUGUAAUUGAACCAAGGAGUCUUCUAUUAGCAACGGUUGCAGAAUCAGUGGUAGACACUAGAGUAUCUAGAUCUAAUGAUGUGAACUAUCUCUUUUUGCUUUACAAAGAUAGGUGUGUCAAUAAUAAAGGAGUGAAUAUGAUAAGUUCAAAAUGUAGCACGGAUUGUGAUGCUGAGGUUUCUUCUUCAGGGAAUAACUUAGACGAAGACUGCUUAUCUAUCGUUGAAAAUAAACAGUUGCUUGAGAAAGAUAGAAAUGACAAAGAGACUGAAGUUUGUUUGUCCUCUCCAGAAACGACUACUUACGCUUUUGCUAAACAGAGACAUGCUUUUGCUGGUGCGUUGGCAGGCAUAAGCGUCAGUCUUUGUCUUCAUCCACUUGAUACCGUUAAGACAAUGAUUCAGUCAUGCCGCUUGGAGGAGAAGUCUCUAUGCAAUACUGGGAGAUCAAUUAUAUCAGAAAGAGGUUUUUCUGGACUUUAUCGAGGGAUUGCUAGCAACAUUGCCUCAUCAGCUCCUAUCUCUGCCCUCUAUACGUUCACUUAUGAAACCGUUAAAGGAACUCUGCUUCCUCUUUUUCCUAAGGAAUAUUGCUCCCUAGCCCACUGCUUAGCUGGUGGUUCUGCAAGCAUUGCAACUUCUUUUAUCUUCACGCCUAGUGAGCGCAUAAAACAGCAGAUGCAAGUCAGUUCACAUUAUCGCAAUUGCUGGACCGCAUUGGUUGGAAUCAUCCAAAAGGGUGGUCUGCUUUCUUUAUAUGCUGGAUGGACUGCAGUGCUAUGUAGAAAUAUCCCGCACUCAAUCAUUAAGUUCUAUGUCUAUGAAAACAUGAAGCAAAUGGUAUUACCAUCCCCAGGCCCUUGUGGUGAAAUGGCUCAACCCACAACAUUACAAACGCUUACCUGUGGAGGACUAGCGGGAUCUGCUGCUGCUUUCUUCACAACCCCAUUUGAUGUAGUAAAAACAAGAUUACAAACUCAGAUUCCCGGAUCUAGAAACCAACAUCCUAGUGUCUAUCAAACUCUUCAAUCAAUACGAAGGCAAGAAGGUCUGAGAGGGCUAUACAGAGGCUUGAUCCCCAGACUAGUGAUGUACAUGUCGCAAGGAGCUAUAUUCUUUGCUUCGUAUGAAUUUUACAAGAGCGUACUCUCUCUAGCAGCGGCGCAGCCUAAUACGUCAGCUCUCUCUGGCACAAAACAAAAGAUGGAGAUAGCCUUAAAUCGUUAAAGGACAAAGAUAGUUCAACCCCCUAUGAAACCACCAAGACUGCAACAUAUGUAAUACAAAGAAUGGAAAAUUGUACAUUUGUUUCGUUUUUGUAACUAUUGAUUUGAUUAAAUUCAUUUGUGCAAAGUUCUUUUUGACUGGAGAGAGAAGAAGAAGAUCCAUUAUUCACUACAAGUUACAAAACUUUUUUUUGAAGGAUCUACCAACUCUACGCUCAUAAGACUUCUAACCAAAUAGGCACCUCCCACUUGCUACCUUACAAUAUGAACAGUGUGGCUUUUUCUUUUGCCUAGAUCCUAAGAAGAAUAAAUAAAUGAUACAACAAAGAAUGUGACGCCUUCC